AUGGCUCCGGUGAGAGCCACACCCUGCGUCGAUCGAAGCCCGGUCCCGGGACUGAUUCCUCCUGCGGCACCGGAAAUCCGUUACCGCGGCGUUCGAAAGCGGCCAUGGGGCCGAUACGCGGCGGAGAUAAGAGAUCCGUGGAAGAAAGCUCGUGUCUGGUUAGGCACUUUUGAUUCGGCAAUUCAAGCGGCCCGGGCUUACGACGCAGCUGCAAUAUCCUUAUGCGGCGCCAAAGCCAAGACCAAUUUCCCUCUCCCUCCGGAGGCUCUUGCUACUCUGCUUCCUCCUCCUCCACCUCCGAUUAAUCGUGGGCCUAAACUCAGGCAUACGGAAGACGACAUGGUUUUCGUUAAUUAUCCUACUUCAAGCGGUAUGAGUAGUACCGUUGAAUCGUCCAGUGGACCUAGGGCUGGUUCUUCUUCAACCUCUAGGGUUCAUGUGUUUCUUCCUGUUAAUGAUGAGGCUUGUCACAGUGAUUGUGAUUCUUCUUCAUCUGUGGUUGAUGAUGAUGAAGAUUGUGUUGUCGUUUGUUCAUCGGUUCGCAAGCCUCAGCCUCGAGAUAUCGAUCUCAAUUUGCCUGCUCCGAUGAACUAUAGUGAUGAAGAGAUACGCGCCACCGACCUGCAUCUCUGA